GUUAAUUAAUUCUUGAUUUGAAUCUUGGUGAGAAUUGAAAUAUUCAUGCUAGUAGUUUUCUGUUAACUAAUCAGUAAAUCAGUUGUGUUGUUUGCAAAGAAAACUGGGAAUACACAAACAAGCGGAAGAAAUACAACUGUGUCCAAAUCAAUCAUGGCAGAGUCGAAGAAAUCUGAAACGAGACUGAAGGACAUCACAUUAUCCCUAAAUAAGAUUGUAGAAUGUCCAGUAUGUCUGGACACAAUCCAAAUUCCAUUUAAGACAUGCAGCAGAGGCCAUGGGGUUUGCAACUGCUGCUGCGAAAAGUUAAAGGAUUGUCCUACAUGCAAAGGUCCAUUUACAACAGAGAAUCCUGUGUGUUUGAAAAACCUUCUGGAAGCCCUUCCUCGUCAGUGCAAGUACCAUGGAGAUGGUUGCGAAGACGUCGUGGAGCCCGGGAGUGACCAUGAGGAAUUUUGUGGCUUCAGACCUGCAAAGUGUAGACAAAGUUUUUGCAACACUGUGACUCCUUUGAUAGAACUGAUGGAUCACUAUGAGGAAAGGCAUUUCAAAGACUUCAUCUGUGAGUUCGACUUCGAAGCAGAUUUAUCUUUAACUUAUUCUUGGGAACCGUUUCAUCCUGAGGCAUGCUGUGUUAAUCGUAUGCUUAUCUCCGUGUUUGACAAUAUAUUCUGGGUUACCAAUCAUUUAAAUAAGAAAAAUUUGGAAAUUACCUUUGAAGCAACUCCAAUUGGAAAGUUGAAAAAUGAUUAUUUUUUAAGAGUAAAGUUUGAAAAAGAUAAGUUUUUAUAUGCAUCUACAUUAAAGGCUUCUGUGGUGGACUGUUCUAAAAAGGCGGGGGAAAGUAACUCGGAUGAUGAAAAUUGUAUAAGAAUUCCACAUAGCGCAUUAUAUAAGUUCAUUAACAAAAAAAGACUUGAAUAUGAGUGUACGUUUUUUGAAUGUCAAAAGUAAAAUGUCAUAAGGUACCUAAAUUAUGAAUGAAACUUCAAAUUGUGUUGCAAUGUUUAAGUUUUGUUGAUGAAUCUUUCGCAUUAAGGUUUCCUCCUUCAGCUGGGUAGAAUACAAGACUUUUUAAUCUAGAUUAGUUUUGUGAAAUGUUCAAAAUACUGGUGUUAAAUCACAAAGUGACAAGUGUGUGUCUUUAUGGUUUUCUUGUUGUU